AUGACGUCAUCAUCUAUUGAAAACAUCAAAUAUUCAACAAAGUUUGAAGACGAAACGUAUGUUUACAGGCACGUAAUUUUACCUGAAGAUUUGGCCAAAACCUUGCCUGAAACUCAUUUAAUGACUGAAACGGAAUGGCGAAAUAUUGGCAUUCAAAUGUCAACCGGAUGGAAGCAUUACAUGAGAUAUGAGCCAGAACCUUAUAUUGUGCCAUUCAGAAGAUUAAAAAGUGAUGAUGAUGAAUAA